AUGGCGGGCAGCGUGGAUGAGGAAGCACUGCACCAACUGUAUCUGUGGGUAGACAACAUCCCUCUGUCCCGGCCCAAGCGGAAUCUGUCCCGGGACUUCAGUGAUGGAGUCCUGGUAGCAGAGGUCAUCAAGUUUUACUUCCCCAAGAUGGUGGAGAUGCACAAUUAUGUCCCUGCCAACUCUCUCCAGCAGAAACUGAGCAACUGGGGUCACCUGAACAGGAAGGUGCUGAACAAACUGAACUUCUCUGUACCAGAAGAUGUGAUGCGCAAGAUAGCACAGUGUGCCCCAGGUGUGGUGGAGCUGGUGCUCAUUCCACUGAGGCAGCGCCUAGAGGAGCGUCAGAGACGUAGGAAGCAGGGCAUCGGCUCCUUACAGGAGCUGACUCCCCAGGAUGGCACUGACUACAUGGAUGUGGGUUUGUCCCAGAAGGCCCGAGGGGAAGGUGCCCCAGACCCCCAGGGACGGGGGCAACUCAGGGAGGGCCGACUCCCUGUGCCCCAGCCUCCAGGGUACAGCCAGGCACUGCAAAGCGACCCAAGCUUCGUCCUCCAGAUCGCUGAAAAGGAGCAGGAGCUGUUGGCCUCGCAGGAGACCGUGCAGGUCCUGCAGAUGAAGGUGAGACGCUUGGAGCACUUGCUCCAGCUCAAGAACGUGCGCAUAGAAGACCUCUCCCGGAGGCUCCAGCAGGCAGAGCGUAAGCAGCGGAGAAUGGACCGCUUUCCAGAACCCAGAGGCCACAUGCAGAGACCUGGCGUGCGCCCCAAAUCAGUGCUUGACACCAGGGACUCUGCCUUGGUGCUCCCGGUGCUGGGCCUUAGGGGGUGGUCCCCCAGCUUGGUCCGCACCCUUAGAACCAGGUCCCCACCCAGCUCUGGUGACAGCAGCGUCUCCAUCCAGGCUAGUUCUCUGUACCAUGGGUCAAAGGGGAGACUGUCCGAGACAGCUGAGGGGCCUCCUUGCCCCUCCUGGGCACUCACCUGGGACCCAGCUAAAAGCUGGAGAACACAGCAGCUGAAGAGGAAGGGGUGA